AUGAAGGGUCGAGCAGAAUGGUGGAACAAUUUAGAAAGAAUCAACCCCCGGUCUUCGAGGGUGAAAGGGACCCUCUUACAGCUGAUGAGUAGAUCAGCGAGUUGGAGAAAAGGAGCAAGACAUUGGUGGGAAUCUGCUCAUCGUGCAUAUGACAUCGCCAACAGUCCCAUGGGGUGGGAUCGAUUCAAGGAGGUAUUCUACGACAAAUAA